CGUUUUUGUGUGACGUGUGUAUUGUAAACAUUGAAAUAAUACUAAAACUUGCGAUAGAAUUUCCUGCUAAUAUUCAUUAAUCGUGAAAUCACAAUGGACAAGCCGCUGUACGAUAAUUCUACUAUGUUAAAAGCAGUAAUACUUAUAGGGGGACCGCAGAAAGGUACCCGCUUCCGGCCGCUGUCUCUAGAUACUCCGAAGCCCCUAUUUCCUAUAGCCGGCAUACCAUUGAUUCAACACCACAUCGCUGCCUGUGUCAAGCUCCCUCAAGUCCGGGAGAUCCUCAUCAUUGGCUCUUACACUGCUGCAAACAUGGCUCAGUUUGUGGGGGACAUGCAUAGAGAGUAUUCGGUUGCUAUCAGAUACCUGCAAGAAUUUACUCCCCUAGGCACUGGUGGAGGAUUAUACCAUUUCCGUGACCAGAUCCGAGCAGGGAACCCGGCAGCCUUCUUUCUUCUCAAUGGAGAUGUGUGUGCAGACUUCCCGCUUAAACAGCUCUGGGAGUUCCAUAUGGAGAGGCCUAACUCGCUGGUUACAAUCAUGGGCACAGAAGCAACCCGCCAGCAGUCCAUCCACUAUGGCUGCAUGGUACGCGAAUCCAGUACAAAAGCAGUAACGCACUACGUGGAGAAGCCUGCCUCUUACGUUUCAGCACUUAUCAAUUGUGGCGUUUACGUUUGCGCGCCGAAGGUGUUUCAGACUAUGGCGAAGGCUUUGGAAAGGAAAGAAGCAGACUACUACAGUGGCAACAAUCAGAGCACCCCAAACCCUGGUUGUAUGUCUUGGGAGCAGGACGUACUGGCGCCGCUGGCUGGCACCAACACGCUUUAUGCCAUGCAGAUAACAAACUGGUGGUCUCAAGUAAAAACUCCCGGCUCCGCCAUAUACGCCAACCGUCACUAUCUAGAACUCCACAGAACACAGAGCGACACACACAACAACAACAUACUGCCGGAUGUGUUUGUGCAUCCCACUGCGUGCGUUGAUGACUCUGCUGUGAUCGGACCAAAUGUAUCCAUCGGAGCCGGAUGUACCAUAAAAGCGGGUGUUCGCAUCAAGGAGUCCAUUAUUCUGAACAACGCGACCAUCAGCGAACAUUCGCUCGUCAUGUACUCUGUGGUGGGUCAAAACGCGAGCGUGGGCGAGUGGUCCCGGAUAGAAGGGACUCCUUCGGACCCGGACCCCAACAAGCCGUUUGCCAAAAUGGAAAAUCAGGCGCUUUUCAACGCGGACGGACGGCUGAACCCCUCCAUCACUAUCCUUGGUGCCAGCGUUGUGGUGCCAGCAGAGACGAUCCUCCUGAACACAAUAGUGCUGCCCCACAAGCAUCUCACACGAAGUUUCAAGCACGAAAUCAUCCUGUAAACACACCGGCCCAUCUGUUAGUACAUUCCACAGAUUAUCCACUAAACACACAACCCCUUACAGAUCUAAAUGACGCUUACGCUUAAGACGACAGUGGACGACCGUAGCCCCCAUUUUCUUCUCUGGAGACUCUGGAUAUUAACAUUAUUAUAAAUAUUUUGACACAAUUCGAUUACCUAUACCUACCACAUCUAUUUCCGCUCGUUUGUUUUUUUUUUCGAUUUUUAGCAGCCUGAAUGCAUGUCCCAAAACGUAAAGUUGGCGGACUGAAAAAUACGUAAAGCUGCAUUCAGAGAUACGGUGGGUGGUUAUAUUUUAUUCUUUUCCUAGCCUUAAUCCCAUCAUUUGGGGUCGGCUCUCCUAGUAAUUCUUCGCCAGGACUGUCUGUCUCUGGUGGUUAUAUUUUGGAAUAUGUUAAAUAAUUUGAGCAUAAUUCACAUAUUAAAUCUGAAUUCAAUACUUCCAAAGACACUUAUCAGGGGAAUUUUACUACAUUGUUUACAAAAUUGCUGGGCAAACUUAUAUGCGAACUGGCUAAGCACUGCAACAACAACAGGCUGAGAUUGUGGAUGGAAUUAGCUCCAUGCAUGAAUUUAUUUUUAUUUUUGGAUUCAUAAUUUAUAUCGUUGGAACACACUUUUGUAAACCUUAACAUUAUUUUAUUAAAAAAUAUUUAAAAUGUUGAAAAUUUUUAAGCGGUUGAAACGCUCAUAAUUUUUGGCGCGAAUUCGACAGAGCGUGAAAACUGACGUUUGCUACUAAUGACACUAAUCUGUCGAACGCGUGACGUCACGUGGCGUUUCGAGCGUUUCGCUCACUAGCUUUUCGCGGGCAAAUUUUUGUACUUUUUAUUUAUAAUUUUAAGUAAUUAAAUGGUAAUUUAAAAACGGAAAUGCAUUUGUAACAUGAUAUAACGGUAACAAACAUACGAAUAAAACAUAUUUCGUUCAAAUAUAAACUUCAUGCAUGAGGCUAAUUAGAAGUCACAUUUUUCGCCUACACUUCUGAUUGAUAUAUUUGUAUAUUUCUCACUUGCCAACUGAUUGGUAAAUAUAGUUCUUUAUGUAUUGUAGAAAGUCCUUUUAAAGGUAUAAUAAAAUAAGACUAUAUGAACUUAAAGUACUGAAAGAUAUGAAUUUACCUUAAUUAGAUAGUCGUCUAUAAAAAACGUAUUUAUUUAAACUAAAACUAUUUAUUAUUUGCACAAAAGUAUGUCUGAACCCAUUUAAAAGUUAAAUUAAGAAUAUUUAAGUGUACUGUGUAAUAGGUAAAUAUUAAUAUAAUUCUUGUCGUAACUUAUUUUCAACGUGUACAUUCAGCUCCGAAUUGUAGGUACGCCAAAGAAUCGAACUUGUUUUAUUUAUAAAUGAAAUACCUAUACUUAUAUGUAUAAUAGAAUAGGGGCCGUCUGGAUUUAUAAAUAAAUGGACACCCGCAUCACCAGAUGGGUUGUAAGUGCGUUGCCGGCUUUUAAGAUGGGAGUACGCUCUUUUCUUGAAGGUUCCACGGUUUAGCUGUGCGAGGCAGGAAAAGCUUAGUGUGGUAUACAUUUACCUCGAAAAAUAUGGCUAAGGGAUAAAGAAACAGUCUUACCUACUUAUAUCUUUUAUAUCGAUUUUAUGAUACUAUACAAGGUGUAAUACAAAAUAGCGGGGAUCCGUUUAAGGGCAUAUUCGGUAUCGUGUUCAAAAAUUCUACUUUUCCUAACACGAGAACACGAGACCGAAUACGCCGUUAAACGGAUCUCCACUAUUUUUGUUACAUCCUGUACGUAGGGUAAGUAUGUACCUUAUUUGAUGUUGAUGCAAAUAAUUGUACUGUAAAUAAGUUAUGUUAUAUUUUAAUCCGUUAAAUAUAUGAAAUAUGUGCAAU